UCUGCCCGGACUCGCCCCUUCCCGGGCCGCGAGCGCGCCGAGCAGGCUGCCCAGGGACCGACCACUGCCCGACGCCAGGACCACCGCACGGACGGCGCCGAUGGCCGCGCCUGGCGAGCCCUGCACGGGGCCGGGGGUCUGGAACCAGACAGAGCCCGAACCUGCUGCUGCCAGCCUGCUCAACCUGUGCUUCCUGAGAACAGCAGGGGCCUGGGUGCCCCCCAUGUACCUCUGGAUCCUCGGCCCCAUCUACCUCCUCUACAUCCACCGCCAUGGCAGGGGCUACAUCCAGAUGUCCCCCCUCUUCAAAGCCAAAAUGGUGCUUGGGUUCGCCCUUAUAGUCCUGUGGACCUUCGUUGUGUCUGUCGCUCUCUGGAAAAUCCAGCGGGGAACGCCUGAGGCCCCGGAAUUCCUCAUCCACCCUACGGUGUGGCUCACCACGAUGAGCUUCGCUGUGUUCCUGAUUCACGCGGAGAGGAAGAAGGGAGUCCAGGCGUCGGGGGUGCUGUUUGGGUACUGGCUGCUCUGCUUUCUCUUGCCAGCUGCCCACGCCGCCCAGCAGGCCUCAAGAGGGGGCUUCCAGAGUGACCCCAUCCGUCACCUGUCCACCUACCUGUGCUUGUUGCUAGUGGUGGCACAGUUUGUGCUGUCCUGCCUGGCAGAUGAACCCCCCUUAUUCCCCAAAGACCCCCAGAAGUCUAAUCCCUGCCCGGAGGCCGGGGCCUCCUUCCCCUCCAAGGCCACAUUCUGGUGGGUUUCUAGGCUGGUCUGGAGGGGCUACAGGAGGCCACUGGGGCAGAAAGACCUCUGGUCGCUUGGGCGAGAGAACACCUCCGAAGAGCUCGUUUCCCAGUUUGAGAGGGAAUGGAGGAGGAACCUCAGUGCGGCCCAGCGGCACGCCAAGGCAACAGCGUUGAAAAGGAGAGAAGGCGGUGGCGUGGAGGCCCCAGAGACAGAGACCCUCCUACAGCAGGAAAGGAGCCAGCAGGGCCCACUGCUGAGGGCCAUCUGGCAGGUGUUCCGUUCUACCUUCCUCCUGGGGACACUCAGCCUUGUCAUCAGUGAUGUCUUCAGGUUCACUGUCCCCAAGCUGCUCAGCCUUUUUCUGGAGUUCAUUGGCGAUCCUGAGCCCCCGGCCUGGAAGGGCUACCUCCUCGCGGCGCUGAUGUUCCUCUCGGCCUGCCUGCAGACGCUGUUCGAGCAGCAGCACAUGUACAGGCUGAAGCUGCUGCAGAUGCGGCUGCGGACGGCCAUCACCGGCCUGCUGUACAGAAAGAUCUUGGCUCUGUCCAGCGGUUCCAGGAAGGCCAGCGCAGUGGGCGACGUGGUCAACCUGGUGUCCGUGGACGUGCAGCGGGUGACCGAGAGCAUCGUCUACCUCAACGGGCUGUGGCUGCCUGUCAUCUGGAUCAUGGUCUGCUUCGUCUACCUCUGGCAGCUCCUGGGCCCCUCCGCCCUCACUGCCAUCGCUGUCUUCCUGAGCCUCCUCCCUCUGAACUUCUUCAUCACCAAGAAGAGGAACCACCAUCAGGAAGAGCAAAUGAGGCAGAAGGACUCGCGGGCCCGGCUCACCGGCUCCAUCCUCAGGAGCGCGAGGACCGUCAAGUCCCACGGCUGGGAGGAGGCCUUCCUGGAGAGAGUCCUGCGCGUCCGGGCCCGGGAGCUGCGUGCUUUGAAGACCUCUGGCCUCCUCUUCUCCGUGUCUCUGGUGUCCUUCCAAGUGUCCACGUUUCUGGUCGCACUGGUUGUGUUUGCCGUGCACACUCUGGUGGCCGAGGAGAACGCCAUGGACACAGAGAAAGCCUUUGUGACCCUCACGGUUCUCAACAUCCUCAACAAGGCCCAGGCGUUCCUGCCUUUCUCCAUCCACUCCGUGGUCCAGGCCCGAGUGUCCUUUGACCGUCUGGCCGCCUUCCUCUGCCUGGAAGAAGUGGACCCUGGCGCCGUGGACCCGAGUCCCUCUGGAUGCUCUGCCGGGAAGGACUGCAUCACGGUACGCGAUGGCACCUUCGUCUGGUCCCGGGAAGGGCCUCCCUGCCUCCACAGGAUAAACCUCACCGUGCCCCAGGGCUGUCUGCUGGCGGUCGUUGGUCCCGUGGGGGCAGGGAAGUCCUCCCUGCUCUCUGCCCUCCUCGGGGAGCUGUCAAAGGUGGAAGGGUCCGUGAGCAUCAAGGGUCCCGUGGCUUACGUGCCCCAGGAGGCCUGGGUCCAGAACACCUCUGUGGUGGAGAACGUGUGCUUCGGGCAGGAGCUAGACCCCACGUGGCUGGAGCGAGUGCUGGAGGCCUGUGCCCUGUGGCCAGACGUGGACAGCUUCCCCGCGGGAGUCCACACCUCGAUCGGGGAGCAGGGCAUGACUCUCUCCGGGGGCCAGAAGCAGCGGCUGAGCCUGGCGCGGGCCGUGUACAGAAAGGCUGCUGUGUACCUGCUGGACGACCCCCUGGCGGCCCUGGAUGCCCACGUCAGCCAGCACGUCUUCAGCCAGGUCAUCGGGCCCCACGGGCUGCUCCAGGGGACAACACGGAUUCUCGUGACCCACACGCUCCACGUCCUGCCCCAGGCCGAUUGGAUCGUGGUGCUGGAAGAUGGGGCCAUCGCGGAGAUGGGCUCCUACCAGGAGCUUCUGCUCAGGAAGGGGGCCCUGCUGCGCCUUCUGGAUCAAGCCAGACAGCUGGGAGGUGGAGGAGAAGGAGAAACAGAGCCUGGGACCAGUGGCGAGGACCCCGGAGGCUCCUAUGUGGGCCAGAGGCGCCAGCCCAGACGGGAGAGGCCCAUCAGCUCAGUCUCUGAGAAGGACAGCAGCACUGUGGAAGCCCAGACAGCGGUUCCUCUAGACGACCCCGACGUGGCAGGACAACCGACAGGAGAGGACGGCGUGCAGUAUGGCAGGGUGAAGGCCGCCAUGCACCUGACCUACCUGCGGGCCGUGGGCGCCCCCCUCUGCCUCUACGUACUCUUCCUCUUCCUCUGCCAGCAAGCCGCUUCCUUCUGCCGGGGCUACUGGCUGAGCCUGUGGGCGGACGACCCCGCCGUGGACGGGCGGCAGACGCAGGCAGCCCUGCGUGGCGGGGUCUUCGGGCUGCUCGGCUGUCUCCAAGCCGUCGGGCUGUUUGCCGCCAUGGCCGCGGUGCUCCUCGGUGGGGUCCGGGCGUCCAGGCUGCUCUUCCGGAGGCUGUUGUGGGAGGUGAUGCGGUCUCCCAUCAGCUUCUUUGAGCGGACGCCCAUCGGGAACCUGCUGAACCGCUUCUCCAAGGAGACAGACAUGGUGGACGUGGACAUCCCAGACAAACUCCGGUCCUUGCUGACUUUCGCCUUUGGACUCCUGGAGGUCAUCCUGGUGGUGGUGGUGGCCACCCCCCUGGCCAUCGUGGCCAUCGUGCCGCUGUUGCUCCUCUAUGCUGUUUUCCAGAGCCUGUAUGUGGCCAGCUCGUGCCAGCUGAAACGCCUGGAGUCAGCCAGCUACUCGUCUGUGUGCUCCCACGUGGCUGAGACGUUCCAGGGCAGUGCGGUGGUCAGGGCGUUCCGGGCCCAGGGACCCUUCGUGGAUCAGAACGACACCCGUGUGGAUGAAAGCCAGAGGGUCAGUUUCCCACGACUGGUGGCUGACAGGUGGCUCGCGGCCAACAUGGAACUCCUGGGGAACAGCCUGGUGUUCGUGGCCGCCGUGUGUGCUGUGCUGAGCAAGGCCCACCUCAGCGCCGGCCUCGUGGGCUUCUCUGUCUCCGCCGCCCUCCAGGUGACCCAGACGCUGCAGUGGGCCGUUCGCAGCUGGACAGACCUAGAGGGCAGCAUCGUGUCCGUGGAGCGGAUGAGGGACUACGCGCGGACGCCCAAGGAGGCCCCCUGGAGGCUGCCCACCUGCGCAGCUCGGCCCCCCUGGCCUCGCGGCGGGCAGAUCGAGUUCCGGGGCUUUGGGCUGAGAUACCGACCCGAGCUCCCGCUGGCCAUACGGGACGUGUCCUUCGAGAUCCCCGCGGGAGAGAAGGUGGGCAUCGUUGGCAGGACGGGGGCUGGGAAGUCCUCCCUGGCCGGGGGCCUGCUGCGGCUCCAGGAGGCAGCUGAGGGGGGGAUCUGGAUCGACGGGGUCCCCAUUGCCAACGUGGGGCUGCACAUGCUGCGGUCCAGGGUCACCGUCAUCCCCCAGGACCCCAUCCUGUUCCCCGGCUCUCUGCGGAUGAACCUCGACCUGCUGCGGGAGCACACGGACGAAGCCAUCUGGGCGGCCUUGGAGACCGUGCAGCUCAAAGCUCUGGUGGCCGGUCUGCCCGGCCAGCUGCAGUACGAGUGCGGGGAGCAAGGCGAGGACCUGAGUGUGGGUCAGAAGCAGCUCCUGUGUCUGGCACGUGCCCUUCUCCGGAAAACCCAGAUCCUCGUCCUGGACGAGGCUACGGCUGCCGUGGACCCCGGCACGGAGCGGCAGAUGCAGGCCUCCCUCGGGCGCUGCUUUGCCCGGUGCACCGUGCUGCUCAUCGCCCACCGCCUGCGCUCGGUGAUGGACUGCGCCCGGGUGCUGGUCAUGGACGAGGGGCAGGUGGCCGAGAGCGGCAGCCCAGCCCAGCUGCUGGCCCAGAAGGGCCUGUUCUACAGGCUGGCCCAGGAGUCAGGCCUGGUCUGAGCCAGGCCCCUCAGCCGGUCCCCCGCUGGGCGAGCCCGCAGCGCCCUGGAGAGGCAAGUGACACGGCGUCAUCGGUGGCGCCACGCAAUGUUGAGUCUAGAUCCCUUUGCUCUCUGGGAAGAAAACAGAGAAAGCGGCUGCUUAUCACAGAGCAUCAGACCUCGGAGGACACGGGGCCCCCCAGCCCUGUCCACCUGGGGCCACCGUCGCAGCGGCACUCAGCCCUGGCUGUCCCUGGACUCACCUGGGGCCCCAAGGACGCGCCUGUGCCAGGCGCCCCCACCCCACCCAUUCUGUCAGAGUGCCCGGGGCUGGGGGCGGCGAUAGUGCGUGUACUUUUUACAAUGUAACCUUUUAUUUUGGGAUAAUCCCAGAUUCAUACGCAAGUGGUCAGAAGAAACAGACACCUUUAGCCCGUCUCUUCCAGAGGUGACCUCGUGCAAAACUCUAGUCAGUGUCACAGCGAGGACCUGGACCUUGGCACAAUACACCAGUCUGCUCGGGC